AUGAUAUGCAUCAGCACCAUAGAUGAUAUUGUACUAUUGCUCAAAAUGAUAUAUCACAAAAAUUGUGAAGAUAUCGGCUCAAUCAUCUACAUUUUUGGUACAUUUGAUUCAGAUGAAAUUACCCUAUUUUUCCAGUGUAUACAAACUAGCUGCAAGGCAUUUGUUAAUGGUUUUAUUCAGAUUGAUGAGAACCACAACAUAAAUUCUGCAUACUCCCUGGUUUACAAGAAUGUCUUUGGAAAACUUCUUGUCUUUUUUGAGCACAAGCUCAACAACAAGAGUCAUCAAUUGCAAUCUACAUUUACUAAAAAUGUAAAGUCUGUAGUUGAAGCUUACUUUUGUCUAUCAGGAGAUUUAAUUUUAGGUGGUCUUGCUGCCAACUCUUCUAAAAUUGCAAGAUGUUUGUGUGGUGUUACUGUAGUCAUACAAUGUGUAUCAAUUGCUACAUGCUACAUAAUUGGACACCCCAUUCAUCAAGUCAUUGUACCCUGUCAUUUUCUUCAGACCAGGAAUACUUAUAGGAAGUCAGAAAUUCUCUCUGUAAUGUUCAAGUAUUGUAUUGAUGAACGUGAUCAAGAUCACAGCGCUGUCAUCUACAAUUAA